AUGCGCAGCGUGUCGGGGCAUCCCGGCGUUGUCCAAUUGCGCGGGGUUUUUGAAGACGAGCGACAGGUUCACCUCGUCAUGGACCUGUGCGACGGUGGCGAACUAUUCGACGAAGUCCUCGCCGAUUUUGGAUUCGCAGUUCCCAUCCCCCCCGGACAUCGCGCGUGUGGCGUCGCGGGUUCGCCGUUCUACAUGGCGCCGGAAGUACUGACAGGCGAGUACGGGGUGGAGGCGGACGUGUGGUCGCUGGGCGUGGUGCUGUACGUGCUGCUGAGCGGCAGCCCGCCGUUUUGGGGCGCGGACGACAACGGCGUGUUCCGCGCCGUGCUGGAGGCGCCGCUGGACCUGACGAGCGGCGCGUGGGCGGGGGUGUCGGCGGAGGCCAAGGGGCUGCUCCGCUGCAUGCUGCACCGCGACCCGCGCCGACGCCCCUCCGCCGCCAAGCUGCUCUCCCACCCCUGGAUCCUCGUCCACGCCUUCGGCGGCCGCGUCGUGCGCCGCGUCCUCGCCGCGCCCGCGCUCCAGCAGCGCCGGAUGGGGGGGGGCGCUGCUGCUGUUCCGCUCUCCGCCUAG